UUGGAUGAAGAAGCAUACCAGUGGUUGUCAAACAUUGACCCCCAGCACUGGUCAAGGCAUGCUUUCUCUACAAACUGCAAGUCUAACAUGUUGUUAAACAACAUGUGUGAGACAUUUAAUGCAGUGAUUAGAGAUGCCAGAGACAAGCCUAUUCUAACUCAAAUGGAAUGGCUUAGAAGAUAUAUGAUGAAGAGGAGUAAUGACAAAUGGGAGGCAGCAAAGUCUUGGGAAGGUUUACUAACCCCAUUUGUCAACAAAGUCUUUGAUGGGUUGGAGAAGUAUGCCAUGACAUGUGAGGUUACAGCUUCAAGGGAUGAAAUUUAUGAGGUGAAAUACAAGGAUGAUCAGUGCAUUGUGGAUCUGCAAGAGAGAAAAUGCACUUGUUAUAGAUGGGAGUUGACAGGAAUACCUUGUGUCCAUGCAUUUGCUUGCAUAAUGGACAAAAGGGAUGAUCCUGAGUUGUAUGUGCACCCACAUUACUAUAGGGUGACAUACUUGGCUGCAUAUGAGAACCCAAUACAGCCAAUGCCUGGCCCUAAGAAUUGGGAAAAGGUCAAGCUCAGACAGCCUUUGCCACCUAUGCUGAAAGUGCAACCAGGAAGACCUAAGGCAAAUAAGAGAAAGCUUGAACCAGGGGAGGGCACUUCUGCUAAAGGUGAUGAAACAAUGCAAGAAUUGUGGUGGGUUUGACCACUUUGCCAAAACAUGCAAGGCUGAAGCAGCACCCGAUCCAAAGGGUGGGAGGCCACAGAUGCAGACUCCUUGGCUUAAGGAACAGCGAAAGAAAAGUGAAGAGAAAGCAGCAAGACAGGCUGCACUGAAGUUGCCACAAUAUCAGCCUCCAACAACAGCACAGGCUGGGUCAAGUAAUGCUGCACCUGCAACUGCUGUGUCAAGCCAGCCUGCAACAAGAACAGAGCCUUUGCCAACUCAGCCUGUUACCAGGAGCAACAGGAGCCUGAGUCAGCCCACAAGAGUGCCAACAACUACUCCUCCCAAAGUCAAAAUACAGACCAGGUCCAAGCUUCAUGUAAUGACAAGCAAGAAGGACAAGGAUCUCAAUCAACUGUGACCCUAGGUCUACUCAUUAGUAUUUUGUAAUAGACAACCAAGUUUAUUUGGUAGUUGAACAAUGAUAGUUGAACAAUGAUUUUGCACAAAGGUGCCUUAACUUUUGUCUCAGCCAAUGUAAAACAAUUUCAAACAUUGUGUUGCAAGUACUAAUACGAAUUGUGAUAUGUUUCUACCAAAAAGUUCCAUUUCUCA